GCACCAUUAUCCUUCUCCUUACUCUUCUUUUCUUCCGCCGCCCAACCGCGCCUUUUUAGUUUUCUGUCAAUUGCCACACCGUACUAUUGUCCCAUGUCCCGCCGCACCCUCUUCGUCUCUGGAUUCUCUCACCGCACUCGCGCAAGAGAUCUUGCUUAUGAAUUCGAGAGAUACGGUCCCCUUGUGCGCUGCGAUAUUCCCGCUCUCCGUAAUGAUUCUUCGAAGCCUUACGCAUUUGUUGAGUUUGAAGAUGAUAGAGAUGCCCGCGAUGCCUACCACGAGAUGAGAGACGUCCGAUUUGAGGGCUAUCGCCUUGAUGUUCAGUUCGCCAAAAACGCGCCCAGUGCUUCGUGGAGAUAUGAGCGCGGAGGCGGGCGUGGACGCUCCAGAUCCCCUCCUCGCCGUGGUCGCUCGCCACCUCGCCGUCGUUCGCCUCGUCGUUCCCCUAGUCCUCUGCCUCGUCGUCGCUCACCGAGCCCUCGAGGCCGCAGCCCAAGUCCUCGUGGUCGCCGCCCUCGCUCACCCAGCCCAGCUGGUGCGCGCCGUCGUACCUCUGCUUCUCGUUCGCCCGUUCGUGGUCGUAGUGAAGAACGAGAGGUUGAUCGCGAUGGUGACCAAGUGAUGUCGCCUAGGCAUUCUCGCAGCCCAGAACGCCGUCCCUCAGGAGACGCUGGCAACGGUGGCGGUCGCUCGCGUUCGCCUUCCCCCCGUGGCCGUUCUGUCUCAGCCAGAUCUCGCUCUGUGACUCCUUAGGACGCCUUUUACAUCGUUUCAGUCUUCCGUCCUGAAUAGACCAAGAGUUCUGACGGACAUGGUAAUGGACAGGGAAGGCAGCAGCAACUAACAGUUACCUCGAUAUUAGCAACAAAACAUUAGCAUCGUCCACCAAAGGAAUAACGAAAUAAAGAACUCGACAGCAGCCUGAGCUACAUAUAGC